CCAAUCGUCUGUCAAUGUCAAUGUGUAAGUGUUGACGUCGAGUUGAGUGGAUUUUGAUUAGAUUAGAACAGCACUGUAAACAACAAUAAUUUGAUUCUUAAUUUUAUUUUGGUUUAAAAUACUCAUAAGUCAUAAGUAAAUAAUAAAUUUAUUAAUAUAACAUACACAGUUUGGAAUAUUUUAUGAUUUAUACAUUUUCAUUCUGGUCUAUAUGUUAUCACGAAUUUAAUGUUCAAUCAAUAUUCAAUUGUAAAUAUGCCACAAACAAUAAUUUAUCGAGAAAAAUACGGCAUUAAUGGACACAGCAGCGUUUAUGUAAGAAAUCCAAAAGGUGACAGCUCGUUGGUUCAGCUGAGUAAUGGGUUGGUGACACCACCUCAGCGAUCGCUUUACAAUUCUUUGGUGAACUUUUUUGUAGAAGUAUUUCUUCCUCAAGGCUACCCAGAGAGUGUUCGUGAAGAUUACUGCCGAUAUCAAAUAUGGGAUACAGUUCAGGCAUUCUGCAGUACAAUAUCCGGUAUCCUGACAACUCAUGCCAUCAUGAAGAGUGUAGGUGUCGGAGACGCGACGGCCACGGCUCUCAGUGCUACGCUCACCUGGGUUUUGAAGGACGGCAUCGGCAUGAUCGGCAGAAUUGUGUUUGCCUGGUGGAAAGGACAUGCCUUGGAUACGGACUCAAAAAAGUGGAGACUAUUUGCGGAUUUCCUAAACGAUGGGGCGAUGUGCCUUGAGCUUCUUCUUCUCCCGAUAUUUUCCAAACAUUCCAUGCAGAUCCUCUGCUUGACCACCAGCAUGAAAGGCAUUGUGGGAGUGGCAGGAGGUGCGUCACGGGCUUCCAUCACCCAGCAUCAUGCGUUACGGGGCAACAACGGGGACGUCUCGGCCAAAGAUGGCAGCCAGGAGACUUGUGUCAACUUGGUGGCUUCCUCUAUCGGGAUGGCGAUGCUCUCUUACACAGAGGAUAAAAUGAUGAUAUGGACCCUGUUCACAUCGGUCACGUUGCUCCACCUGCUGUCCAACUACAUGGCCGUCAAAUCUCUCAAUCUGGUCACGUUCAACGGGGAACGGCUGAACCGUUACAUCCGCAGCUAUCUCCUCACGGACUUGGCGUACAGUCCUAAAGAGGUCAACCGGUGGGAGUCCUGUGUCGUCGGGAUAUCUUAUAGAGACAAAGACCUGUGUGGGUUCAAGGUCAGGCUGGGCUACUCUCUGCGGCAGCUGGUGGAGUCGGGGAAGAUCGGCAGCGAGGAACUGGUCGUGAUGGCCGACAUGUUCAGGAAUCGAACUUACCUGCUGUUACCACACGUCAAGUCUCGCACGAUCUUUGUCAUGUUCAAUCCUGCCGCAAGUACGCAGGACUUCAUACAGGCAUACUUCCACAGUGUGCUGCUUGCCAUUGCGAUCUGCCACAUAGAUAAUAUCGCCCUGAACAUUUUGACGCAUUUACACCAGAGCACUGUUCUGAAAAGGAUAGAACGAGGUUGGGCUAGAACAAUCUCCUCCUCCCCAGACAAAGGUAAACAGCCUCUGGAAGCUGUGACAAUCGUUGAAGACAUCAUUGAUAAAGAGUUUCUCAAUUUCUUCGAUGGCUUGAAAACCCAAGGGUGGAGUACAGAAAGCCACAGCCUGGAGGUGGAUGAGUGGAGAGGAGAAUGGAAGGAUUCGGAUCUCAGAGAGUCUGCGAAAAACAAGUGACUUGUCAUCAACUCUCAUACUUUCUGUCAAUAAAUUGUUGAUUUUCCUUAACGUC